AGUCACUUUUACCAGUACGUGAUAUUAAGCAACAAAUAGGAAGUAUUAAUUUUUACAAUGAGAAAUUGGGAGUUACUACUUGUCAACAAUGUUUAGUGCCUCCAGAUGGUUUAAAAUAUGUUGAGUGGGGAUUUACAGAUAAUAGUUUACGACUUUAUUCUACAGAAACUGGAAAGGUUAGUAUUUUUUUUUUAAAUAAAUGGAUAGAAGAUAAACUAAUAGAUUAUUAUUAUUAGUUAUUAAAUACAUUUGAAAACAUGCAUGUGGAAUAUAUCAGUUGUGUUUGCUUUCCUGACUCUCGUACUCUGGUUACUGGAGGAACAGAUAAUCUUGUAUGUAUUUGGAAAGUUAAAGACGGGAAGGAUACAGAUUUUAUACUCUCUGAAUGCCUUAAGGGUCAUAAUUCUGUUAUAACAUCUAUUGCUGCUUCUAGAAGCUAUAGUGUUUUAGUGACUGGUUCAGCAGAUAAAACUGCUAUUAUUUGGGAUCUUAAUCGCAAACAAUAUAUACGAUCAUUGGCAGGACAUGAAAAUGGAGUUCAAUCGAUUGAUAUAAAUGAAACUACAGGAGAUAUCAUCACGUGCUCAGGACAUGUUAUACGUGUAUGGACAAUUAAUGGAGAUCUUUAUCUUACUAAAUCUACUUGCCCUAGUUCUGAAUCAAUUUUAUCUUGUUUAUUUUAUGAGCGUAGAAUGUUUGAAUGGAGUGCGCAAGAUUUAAUCAUUACAGGGCACAAAAAAGGACUUGUGAAGUUUUGGUUAAAACGUAUUGAAAGGGAUACUAGUACCGGUAAACACAAAUGGGGUCUUGACUUAGUACAUCAACUUUAUCAUCAUAGUCAUUUAGACCAAACCCCUGAUAGAUCAGAUAUAGUGUGCUUAUCUAUUUCCAAGUCGAGAAAGACGUUAUUUACAGGUAGCAAACAUGGUCGAGUAUAUGCUUUUGUUUUACCUGAUACGUCAGACACUUAUCAUUUACAAAGAGAAGAUAAAUGUAAAGAAUGUAUGAUGUGUAACAAAGCCUUCUCUGUAUUAGAACGUAAAAAUCAUUGCAAGACAUGUGGAGGUAUAUUCUGUACCAUGUGCUUAUCUAAUAGUCCUUUGUCUUGUCCAGAUAAAUCAGCAAGAUUUUGUAAGAUAUGUUUUGAAUAUCUUUCUCCUAUUUGUAAUAAUAUAUAGAUAAGAAUAAAUAAAGUCAUGUAUGUAUAGUAUACGUUUGUAAUAUAUAUUAUUAAUUUCUUGUAGACUUGAAAAUACAUGAGUGCUAUAUUCAUUAAAUUAAUUAAUUUAUUUCUUGAAAAAAUCUCAAAAAAAAAAAA